AUGGCGAGGGCAGCGGCGGCGAUGCUGGUGCUCGCCGUGCUGGCGCUGGCCGCGGUGGUGCCGCGCGCGGAGGCCGGGCAGAACUGCAUCUGCGAGUGCAUGAAGCUGUGCGUGCGGACGCGGAUGCGGAUCCCGAGCAUGGGCCAGUGCGCCGGCAAGUGCCGGGAGAACGCCUGCACCAAGAGCUGCGAGGAGGCCUGCACGCUGAAGGGCUUCCCCAAGCUGCCCAGCGAGGGCAUCUCCGCCUGCGAGGUGGAGCCGCUCACCCCCGACGAGGUGCACAUGCUGCACUGA